GGUAGGUGUCCUGUGCCGGGCUGUUGUCCGGGCAGGGUAGCGGGGCGGUAGAGCAACACCAUUCAUCCCUGGCCGCCGCAGCGAGUGGUGCGCUCCGCCCGGCUCGGCAACUGACAAGCUUGUGUGUUACAGCAGCAGCAGCAGGCGGCGGCUGCCACAGACACAGACACAGACAUGGCUGGAGCAGAGGCGAACCGCGGCGCUCUCCACUAUGAGCAGACUCUGAUGUAUGGCAGAUACACCCAGGACUUGGGAGUAUUUGCCAAAGAAGAAGCAGCCCGCUUGCGGCAGGAGAAGGGUCAGAUCCGAGUAUUUUCCAGAGACCAUUCGAAGCGCGCCGAGUUGAUAGAGUACGAUCGAAGCCGUUGUGCUAGAUGUAAAAUAUUGAGCGUGCGAUGUCAAACAUUCCUUAUCUCAAAAAUCGGGGAAGAUUGGAUUUUCCUGAUUUUGCUGGGUUUGUUGAUGGCUUUGGUGAGCUGGGCCAUGGACUUUGCCAUUGCAAUGUGCUUGCAAGCUCAGAAAUGGAUGUACGGUGGGCUGGGCCACAAUGUCUUUCUUCAGUACUUAGCCUGGGUCACAUACCCUGUUGUUCUCAUAACCUUCUCAGCAGGAUUUGUCCAAAUCAUCGCUCCACAGGCAGUAGGUUCUGGGAUACCAGAGAUGAAGACCAUCCUACGUGGAGUGGUGCUAAAGGAAUAUCUCACCUUAAAAACAUUUGUAGCAAAGGUCAUUGGCUUAACUUGUGCGUUAGGAAGUGGAAUGCCAUUAGGAAAAGAGGGACCUUUUGUUCACAUUGCAAGUAUGUGUGCUGCGUUGCUGAGCAAAUUCAUGUCACUCUUUGGUGGGAUUUACGAGAAUGAAUCCCGCAACAUUGAAAUGCUAGCAGCUGCUUGUGCCGUUGGAGUUGGGUGCUGCUUUGCUGCACCGAUAGGAGGUGUUCUUUUCAGUAUUGAAGUAACAUCAACAUUUUUUGCUGUCAGAAACUACUGGCGUGGCUUCUUUGCUGCUACUUUUAGUGCCUUUAUUUUCCGCGUGCUGGCUGUCUGGAACAAAGAUGAAGAAACCAUCACUGCCUUAUUUAAAACUCGAUUCCGUCUCGAUUUUCCAUUUGAUCUUCAAGAGCUCCCUGCCUUUGCAGUAAUUGGGAUUGCAAGUGGCUUUGGUGGUGCCCUGUUUGUUUACUUCCACAGAAAAAUAGUGGCAAUCAUGAGGAAGCAAAAAACCAUAAACAAGUUUUUAAUGAAAAAGCGCCUGCUUUAUCCAGCACUGGUGACUUUGCUCAUUGCUACUCUCUCAUUUCCUCCUGGGUUUGGACAAUUCAUGGCUGGAGAGCUCACCCAAAAGGAAACGUUGGUGACCUUGUUUGACAACAGGACGUGGGCAAAGCAAGGCGUCGCAGAGGAAUUUGACUACAUUGGAAUUUCGGAGGCCUGGAAAAAUCCUCGAGCAAAUGUCUUUGUGACACUAGUGAUAUUCAUCCUGAUGAAGUUCUGGAUGUCUGCCUUGGCCACAACAAUCCCUGUCCCCUGUGGAGCCUUCAUGCCAGUCUUUGUUAUUGGAGCUGCGUUUGGUCGCCUGGUCGGAGAGAGCAUGGCAGCCUGGUUUCCUGAUGGCAUCCAUGCAGAUGGAAGUAUAUAUCGUAUUGUACCGGGAGGAUACGCUGUUGUAGGUGCGGCGGCGUUGUCGGGUGCGGUGACCCACACCAUCUCCACCUCAGUAAUCGUGUUUGAGCUGACGGGACAGAUCUCCCACAUCCUGCCUGUUAUGAUCGCAGUCAUCCUGGCCAACGCAGUUUCCCAGAGCCUACAGCCUUCAGUCUAUGACAGCAUCAUCCGCAUCAAGAAACUCCCAUACCUGCCCGAGCUCGGCUGGGGCCACCUGGAGAAAUAUAACAUCCGUGUGGAAGAUAUCAUGGUGAGGGACAUCCGAUUCGUCAUUGUAAACUGCAAGUACAGGGACCUACUGGACCUCCUUCAAAGCACCAAACUCAAACACCUUCCCCUUGUUGAAGCCGCAGAUUCCAUGAUCCUGCUGGGCUCCAUUGAAAGGAAUCAGCUGCAAGCCCUUAUUAAUAAUCAACUGAGCAGACAAAGGAGAAUGGACUACCUUCGACAGAAAGCUCAGACGGAGGAGAAGGUGGAUCCAGACUCACUCAGAAUUAUUGAUGAAGGAAACAAAGAUGCACAUGAUUCUGGAGUCAGGUUUGAGAUUGGGACUGAGGAACCAUCAUUUUCUCCAAGUCGAAAUGGAUCACAAAAGCCACUGAAGCCAGCAUUAAAACGAGUUCCAAGCAGUGCACAUGAUAUGCCAGGUGCUCUGGAUCAAACAGGAAUUGCACUGAAAAGUCUGUUCUGUGUAAAGGCAAUGGAUGAUCCAGGAGAGAAUCAGACAAUAUCAGAGCACAAAAAGCCGAAACGUGUACGAAUAUCUAUAGUGGAUGAAUAUGAAGUUGAAGAUGACAUGACACCAUCAGAGGUUGUGGAGUGGGAAGACAAACAGUUUGAUGAACAAGUGGACUUCAACAACUGUAAGAUUGACCCAGCACCCUUCCAGCUUGUAGAAUGGACAUCUUUACACAAGACUCACACCAUGUUCUCCCUAUUAGGACUUAACCAUGCUUACGUGACAAGUAUUGGAAAGUUAAUAGGAGUGGUAGCUCUUAAAGAGCUGAGAAAAGCCAUUGAGGGUUCAGUCACAUCCAAAGGUGUGAAGAUGAGGCCACCUCUGGCCAGUUUCAGGGACAAUGCCAACAGCAGCAGCGAAUCAGACACCACAGAAAUCCACAAGUUGUGGGACAGAAGGGAAAGCCUCACAAUUCCACGUGACUCCAGUCCAUCGGAUACAGACGACAAAUCACACUGAACAAGUCUGGCAGGGAACUAUCUGCCUGAACAUAGCUGCACUAUCCACACUUAAAGCACCUGCUUCGGAUUUGGAAAUGUAAUCUUUCAACUGGUGUCAAAAGGGUUGGGAUUUGUAUGAUGCACUUCUAAAGACUAAUUUGAAGUUGGUAAACCUUAAGAGCACUGAUUGUACAUUUUAUUUAGAAAGUUGUAGAGAUAUGUUUGUCUUCAUGUGCCAGCAAACAUCUACAGUAUUUUCAAUUCAUAUAAAACCUAAUGUUUAAAUUAAUGUCAAUAUCUAAAAAUAACUGCAGACAGUUUGGAAAUGGAUUUGUUGAUAUGAUGAUUUCAUUUCCACUAUGGAAUUAGAAUAUAUGUGUUGCUUAGCAAUUAAUGUUCUGAUGAUAUCAAUGUUCAUUUGUACCACUGUUUACAAACGCUAUAUGAGUUGGUGGCAGAAAUGCAUAUUGGAAAUGGAAGUUCAACGUGUAGACCCCCUCUGGAAAAUUGAGGUGAAAUGUGGCAAUAUACAAAUGCUAAUUCCAUUUUACUGUAUUGUGCUAUCCAGAUAUUCCUGUGCUUGAGAAAUAGGCUCAAUUAAUAAGCUGCACUAAUAUAUGGUGUUUUAAAUUUGCAUCGAACAUCCAUAUCAACCAGUUCCAGAAUUUCAAUCUACUGCAGGCAGCUAAUUUGCAAGCAAUGUGUACUUAUUGCAGUUAAGAUCCAUCUUCCCAAUAAUGUGAUGGUCAAUUUAUUCAUGCUCCUGGUCUUGUUUACACACCAGGUGUUAAAUUCUACUACUGAAACUCAUUUCACGUGCUAUUUGGAUGGCAACCAAUGUGUUGGCAAAGCUACUUCCAGUCCCAAAAUAUUUCAAUUAAGCAUUCUGCUCCAAAUGAUCAAGUGCACAUUUCAAAGAAGAUAGCUUUGCAGUCAUUGUAGUGGGACUGUUGAAAUCUUAAUACCUCAUAAUAUGUUGUGUACCCAGGAAUUAAUCAAUACUGGGGAAUCAGGCUGUCAGCUUUUUAGUAAUGAAUACGUUUAUGUAAAAUUGAAGAAAUCUCAAAAUAAUGGGAGUGAUUGACAAAUUUGGAUUCUUAUUCUUGCCCAGUCACUGUUCCAGCAAGAUAGGUAUACCUCUGAUGCAAUAGUAUGUAUUGACAGAUGCACUUUGAGUUAUUGUGGAUAUAUUAAUGUUCUGUAUCAACUCUAUUUCUACUACAAAGGUAUAAUCAUGGUCACAGCUCAUGGUUUUAUAAGACAUAGAGUCCAUUCAUAAAAAAUUGAGGUUGGAUUUCAGUCAAUUUUAUUGAAAUCCAAACUCAUGACUGGUUAAAAGUGCCGCUAUCAAAUGCUAUUUUCACUUUGUUUCCAUCAGCUUCAUUGAAGUUGUUUUCCCUCGAUUAACUAACAAAUCACACAUUAAAAUGUUAAAUAACGUUGUUUACUUAACUAGAACAAACUCAAGAUCAAUGGCUUGUUUUCUUACAAGUGUGAUCCCACUUUCGAUCAAGUCAAAUGACAGUCCAAUGUAAUUUCCAUCCAUUUGUGUUUUCUUUUAUAUUGGCCUUCGACGAAUGUUUGUAACUCCUGUUUAGAACACGGGAAUAUAAACUUGCCCCCUUUCACUUACUGUGAUUGAAAUAGCAACACCUUGGUACUUAUGGUGGCCAUAUUGCUGGUUCUGCAACAGGUGAAUGAUAAAAUGCCAUCUGACUGUUAAAUGAUCAGACAUAUUUACAAAGCAUCAAGGCAACGUAUAUGAGUAAUGGUCCAGCCAUAAAAAUUAAAAUUAGUCCACAAAUUAUUAGUACAGUGAGCUGAUUUGCUGAGGCAGUUUUGACAUUCAUAUUUCUGAAUUCAGCUUUGCAAACAAAUGGGACUAAAGAUGAAAUAUUCAAAUAUUAUUCAAAUAUUUUGUUUUAACUUGAAUAUUAAUUUAAAAAAUUGAUCCUUUGCAGAUUAUACCCUAUUGCCUGUCUUCCUCCCACAAGUCUCUUGAAGCAUUAACUGUGUCAGUUUAUCGAUUUGUCCUACUCCCCAAAAUGUGAAUAGAUUUACUUGGAUGCUUUAGUGACUGUCUAGAUAGCGAACAAACUUUGACCAAAUUAGUAUUCAAAUCCAGACCAAGGCUUGACAACUGUUAGUGCAAAUAAUGGAUGAUCACUUUUGUGUAUGCAUGAUUCUAUAGAAAUAAAACAAAGGGAAUUAGAGGUAACGAGCAUGAAACUGAUAAAAAAAAUAUAAUGCAUAAAUCCUCUUAUAUGUUACAUCUGCCUUUGUUUGAAUCUUAUCCCCUGAAGUAAACCACAUCUUGUACAUAAGAAAUUAGCCAUACAAAAUAACAGCUGAAGAAAAGUAUGAUAUAUUUGGGAAGUAUGGAAAUAUACCUGAGAGGAGAGGGACUGCCUAUGUGGUAUAUGAAGACCAUCAAGGUUCCUAUGACAUGAUGUGUAGGAGGAAAUGCAGAUGCUGGUUUAAAACGAAGAUAGACACAAAAAGCUGAAAUAACUCAGUGGGACAGGCAGCAUCUCUGGAGAGAAGGAAUGGAAGGGU